AUGGGCCGCGAAAUUCAAAAACGCAAAAAUCGCUCGAGCAUAUCGAAAGUCCGACAGAAACCGAAAUCCAAAAAGCGCAUCCAAACAAAUCCCAUCAUCGCACAAAGUUGGAAUAAGAAUGAGACGCUGGCUCAGAAUUACAAGAGGCUCGGGCUUACUGUGAAACUCAACAAGUCUACUGGAGGCACAGAAAAGAAGGUCUCAGAUAUCUUGAAUGAUGUGGAAGAGGACGUCGAUCCACUAAAUAUCACCACCGCUUCGAAACGCAAGAAAGAGCAGAUAGAUGUCAGCGAAGCGAAAAUCGAGCGCGAUCCGGAAACGGGAAAGAUCAUACGAGUUGUCGACGAGAAGCUGGCGAAACCGAAUCCUCUGAACGAUCCUCUGAACGAUCUAGAAUCUGACGACGAGGAAGAGGAAUGGAACGGUAUUCCAAAUUCACAACAUCUCGAAUCGCAAAUUGGCGAGGUUGGUGCUCAGACCGAGACUGUCAAAGCUUUGGAAGCUGCGGCGAGGAGGCCUGCGGCGAAGCAUAAGAGACGACAGCCUGAGGGCGAGGUCAGGUUUCUUCGGGAGUUGGUGGAGAAGUAUGGGGAAGAUUAUGGGAAGAUGGCGAGGGAUACGAAGAUUAAUUAUAUGCAGAGGAGUGAGGGGGAUUUGAAGAAGAGGAUAAAAAAGUUAAGGGACAGCAGUGGGUUGGGGGGUUGA